AUGGUGGACUGUAACUGGGACAGCGACUGCUGGAUGGACGUAAUCCCCGACUGGACAACCGACGGACUCAGCCUGGUCAUCAGCAGUUUGUACAAUUCCCCCUUACGAGCAGAAGCCGGGUGUGGAAUCCUUCUUCUGUUGAGUUCUGCAAUCAGCUUCGGGAUCGUCCAACUUCUCAAGGACAUGAUGCCGGACUGGCCUGAAACUGAAGUUUCUGGGACUGACAUGGUGUCAUCCACGUCUGAUGCCCGCGACAUGCUUAACCUGCAGAGAAAGAGACACCUCUGGAUAACUAUGUCUAAUAAUGAUAUCAACAUCAUCCCUGCCUCCAUUGUCAUCACUACCAUCAUCCUCAUCAACAGCAGCACCAUCGUCAUCCCUGCCAGCACUGUCAUCGUUGUCACCAUCAUUACCACCACCAUUGGCAUUAUAACCAAGACCUUCAUUGUUCUUAUCCUCAUCACCACCACUAUCAUUAUUAUCAUCAUCCUCAUUGCCACCACCAGCAUUAUCGCCAAGACCUUCACUGUUCUUCUCCUCAUCAGCAACACCAUAAUUAUUCUCAUCUCUCUCAUGACCACUGGCAGUAUUCUCACCAUCAUUAUUCUCACCACCAUCGGCAUUAUCAUGAGCAUUACCUCCAUCAAUAUCAUCACCACCAUUAUCAACAUAAUCAUCCUCAUCACCACCAUCACUAUCAUUAUUCUUGCCACCACUACUGCCAUCACCAUCACCGUCAUUGCUAUCUUUAUCUUUACUGCCACCACCAUGACCAUCAACAUCAUCCUUAUCACCACGAUUAUUGCUAGCAUGAUCAACACCACCUUUAUUAUCAUCAGCUCAGCCAUCACCAUAAUCAUCACCACUAUCCUCCUCUUUCUCAUCCAUUGUCAUUCUGUAUGUAGCUCAUGUUCCACAGCUCUGUACAUAGAUCGUAUUUAUUUAAACCAAUUAUUUUACGGCACAACUCAUCAGCUCAGGUACACCAAUUACAUAACCACUAUCAUAGUAGAUCCAGAGGUUCCAUAUCCCGGGCUCUACAGCUUCAGGGUGGAGGUAACCCUUUGAAGUUGAAGGAGUUACCUUUAAACACAGAGGCCUUGAUUUAUCAAAGUAGUUGUGUCAUGUAUUUUUUUUUCUUAAAUUUUGUCUUUGACUCAUUCGUGUUUUAAUGGUCUUUCACUUGUAUUAUUGCAACAUUCGUGUCAUUGCUGGUUGCUUCAGGGUUUGGAUUGGUGCCAUUGUGUUCAAUGUCAGUUUAUUUUGCCACUGCUGUGUGUAUCCUGGUCCCAGUUACUUG